AUGGCUCCUCCCACCCCCGCCGAAAGCGAAGCUCAUCAGCGACUCCUGGACUCGCUCGACAUAGCGGCCGUUCCGCGUCCCUUCCGAAGCCAGACCUGGAAACCUUCUCAGCGACGAAACAAGAACGUCAAGCAGCUUCUCUCCGACAGCUCUAGAAGGGAGGCUUCCUCAAUGGCCACCCAGGCAAACUCCGGCGCGACUACCCCUGGAGCUUCCGCCACCACAGAUGGGAGCCAGACCCCUGCCGAGGGCGUCCAGCGCGGAGCAAACAUCGCUCAGGCCGCACAGAGCCUCCAAACACUUGUUCUAGAGAAGAAUGCACGCGCUGCGUUCUCCUCCGGUCCCACCGUAACCUACACAAACAUUGAAUCUGCUCCUUCGCUUCACGCGUCGCAGCAACGACCAUAUUGUGACAUUACUGGACUGCCGGCUGCCUACACAGACCCAAAGACCCGGCUGAGGUAUCAUGAUAAGGAGGUUUUCGGCGUUGUUAGGACACUUGGGCAAGGCGUGCCUGAGAAUUACCUGGAGCUUAGGGCUGCACACGUUGUUCUGAAAUAA